CCCAAGAAACAAAAACUCGCAGAUUGCCGGUCACUGGCCUGUUGCAUUGGCUUGUUGGCCUCAUCGUCUCCCAGUCGUGUCCCAGGUGAAAGCUUGUACAAUUUGUUAAUUAGCAGGCAGGAAGUAGCAGCUUCAUCAUCUUAACACCCACCCACCUACAACCCUGCUGCAACGGCAACGGCAACGGCAACGGCGGGGGACGCGCGCGCGAGCUUGCGUUUGUUUACCCUUUCGCGCCACCUAGCCUGCACCUGCAUUUUCUUUGGCGGCCGCGCGCGCGCGGGCCAUGGGGAGUUCAUGCGUGAACCUCUCCCGCGCCGUCCUCCCGGGCUUCGGCGCCGCCGCCGCCGCCAAGGGAGGAAGCCGACGACGUGGCCUCCUUCUUCCGUUGCUGUCGUCGUCGGCGGCGGCGGGGCGGCAGCGGCACGGCAGCAGUGCCGCGGUCGUGGCGUGCUGUACUUCGUCGUCGUCGUCGUCCUCCACUACUGCAGCCGCCGGCUCAUCGUCGUCAAGGCCGCCGCUGCCGCCGCCGCCGCCGUCGUCCUUCCCGGCGCACGACGGGCUCGGUGGCGGCGAUCAGCCAGCAGGAGCCGCCGCCGGCGGGAUUGGUGUUGCCGAGUUUCUCGGCGCCAAGAACUUCCUCAUCACCGGCGGAACUGGUUUCCUGGCGAAAGUUCUUAUCGAGAAGAUCUUGAGGACAAAUCCUAACGUCGGCAAGAUAUAUGUGCUCAUCAAGGCCAAGGACGGCGAAGCUGCAUUGAGGAGACUGCAAAAUGAGGUCGUAGACACGGAGCUGUUCAAAUGCCUGCAGGAGAUCCACGGGGAAGGCUACGACAGCUUCAUCGCAAAAAAGCUGGUCCCCGUCGUCGGCGACGUCAGGGAAGCCAACGUCGGCAUUUCCCCCGACCUCGCCGACGAGAUCGCCGACCAGGUGGACGUCAUCAUCAACUCGGCGGCCAACACCACGUUCGACGAGCGGUACGAUGUCGCCAUGGACAUCAACACCGUGGGGCCGUUCCGGAUCAUGAGCUUCGCGCAGCGGUUCCGGCGGCUCAAGCUCUUCUUGCAAGUGUCUACAGCCUAUGUGAACGGGCAGAGGCAGGGCCUGGUGCUGGAGAAGCCGUUUCGCAUGGGAGACACCAUAGCCAAGGAGCUGGGGUCCUCAUCAUCAGGAUCUUCUGAACAAGGGCAUAAUAUCCCAGUGCUGGACAUCGAGGCAGAGAUCAAGCUGGCCUUUUACUCCAGAAGACACCUCGAUAAUAAUUCUCCCUCGUUUGCUCAAGAGAUGAAAGAUUUGGGCCUAGAGAGGGCAAAACUCCAUGGGUGGCAAGACACCUAUGUGUUCACCAAGGCCAUGGGAGAGAUGGUCAUCAACUCCAUGCGAGGAGAGAUACCGGUGGUCACCAUCAGGCCCAGCGUCAUCGAGAGCACCUGGAGGGACCCAUUCCCUGGCUGGAUGGAAGGCAACAGGAUGAUGGAUCCUGUGAUCCUCUACUACGGGAAAGGCCAGCUGAGCGGGUUCCUCGCCGAUCCAGAUGGUGUUCUUGAUGUGGUACCGGCGGACAUGGUGGUGAACGCGACGCUGGCGUCGAUGGCGAAGCACGGCGGCGCGGCGGGGCCCGGGAUGCACGUGUACCACGUGUCGUCGUCGACGGUGAACCCGCUGGUGUUCGGCGACCUGAGCCGGUUCCUGUUCCACCACUUCACGCGGUGCCCCUACAGCGACGCGGCGGGGCAGCCCAUCCUGGUGCCGCCCAUGCGCCUGUUCGACACCAUGGAGCAGUUCGCCAGCUACGUGGAGACGGACGCGCUGCUGCGGAGCGUCCGGGCGUCGUCGUCCUCGUCGCCGGCGGUGGCGCAGCGUGCCCGCGACCUGUGCGCCAGGUCCGUGGAGCAGACCGUCCACCUGGGCAGCAUCUACCAGCCCUACACCUUCUACGGCGGCCGCUUCGACAACGGCAACACGGAGGCGCUGUUCGCGGCCAUGUCGCCGGCGGAGAGGGCGCGGUUCCACUUCGACGUCCGGAGCGUCGACUGGAGGGACUACAUCACCAACGUCCACAUCCCGGGCCUCCGCAAGCACGUCAUGAAGGGCAGGGGCGUCGCCGCCAACCAGCUGCUCGCCAGCACCUCCGUGUGACCGUCGGCCGGCCGGCCGGCCGGCAAAGGGAUGCGCGACGGCGGGCUAUCUGCCAGGCCCAGACUGUUGCUGUUGCUAUAUGACAUGCCACUGCCACAACACGGCCGAUGACCGACGACGCCCAAUCUUGCCUCUCCAUUUCCACAGUACGUAGCAGCAAUCUAAGGUUGACUUGGGUACGCCAUGCUUGCAUCGCAUUACUGAUAGAUAUACGAGAUUGUUCAUGUCUCCUCCGUCUUGAGCUGUUGAUUCUUGUACUCUCGUGUAGUCAAAACAAAAAAUGAAGGCUGUGAUUAUCAGUGACCGAAAUUCAUCAAGGUUGCACUCAUGCACAUAUCACUCACACAAAACACUAGCAAUCUGAACAUGGUGCUGUCUGCUAGUGCCAUUCUUAACACUGUAAGCCAUUCUUUACCAAAAUUUAAUUUACUGAUGAGAAGGUGUUUAACAGUGGCUUGCCAUUGAUGAAUGAUGAUACAAAUUAGUACACGCCUAUUGGUACAAGCUUACGCUACACAAGUACAAAUGGAAGUUGAGUCUUUUUUGCCAAUUCCACGCC